GUUGGUUGCUGUCUGACUGACGCGUUUGACGGAUCGGUUAAAUGAUAGAAUACAGUACAAGUUAGGUUAUGUUUGGUGCAUAAUUUGUCGAGUCAGAAUUCGAAGUUAUUUUGAACACGUUAGUACGUAAUAAGGAUUUCGACUGAAAUAUCUUAACCAAGAUUAAGUGUUUCUCUAGGCAAUAAAAUUACGCUUUUACAAUGUUGGUGACUUUAAAAACAUUACAACAACAAAGUUUCCAAAUCGAAAUCGACCCAGAGGAAACUGUCAAAGCCUUGAAGCUAAAAAUUGAAGUCGAAAAAGGUAAAGACUAUGCCGCUGAUUAUCAACGCCUUAUUUACGCUGGGAAGAUUCUCCUUGAUGAUAAUAAGAUAAGUACUUACAACAUAGACGAAAAAAAAUUUAUCGUUAUUAUGGUUACCAAGCCAAAGUCUUCGGAUGCUCCUGCAUCAUCUACUUCAGCUCCAGAAGCUGGUGAAAACGCGUCUACUGAAAGUGGUGACGGCAAGGAUAAAAAACCCGCUGAAGAGGCGCCUAUAACUCCAGCAGCUGAACCAGAACGCGCAGUUGAACCUCAGCUUGCUAGUGAACCAGAUUUUGAAUCAACAGUUCAGAGCAUAAUGGAUAUGGGAUAUAAUCGUCAACAAGUGGAACAAGCCCUGCGAGCUUCAUUUAAUAAUCGAGAACGAGCUGUUGAAUAUUUAAUAACAGGUAUUCCUGAAGAACUACUGCAAGAACAAGAAGGAGAAGAAGGUACUGAUGAAGACCCUUUAGCAUUUCUUCGAGAUCAACCUCAAUUUCAACAAAUGCGUGCAGUGAUUCAACAGAACCCAAAUUUACUAAAUGCAGUACUACAACAGAUUGGUCAGACAAACCCAGCUCUUCUACAAGCAAUCAGUCAGCACCAACAAGCUUUUGUAAGAAUGCUCAAUGAACCUAUUAACGCCCCAGCUCCUGGUGCAACUGCAGCUGCAGAGGAAAGUGCUGUUGAAUCAGGGCAACCCCAGGCACCACAAAAUGUUAUUCAAGUGUCACCACAAGACAAAGAAGCUAUUGAAAGAUUAAAGGCAUUAGGUUUUCCAGAGCAUAUGGUUAUUCAAGCUUAUUUUGCUUGUGAAAAGAAUGAAAAUCUUGCUGCAAAUUUUUUGUUGUCACAAAAUUUUGAUGAUUAAAAAUUAUUUAUAGUGAAGAGACAAAUUUAAAAGUUGAAAUACAUAAGUUAUAUACAUUCUUAUGUCAAUAGCCUAAUACAGCUUGUAUAUUUCAUGUGUAUUUUUACACUGAAUUUCACAUACUUUUUUGUCUAAUAAAUUUCUUAUUGUUCA